AAUUUGAACAAAUUAGGCCACAGCUUUCUCUUUCUCCUCUGUAUAAAUCUCUCCCCUUCCCUUAUGACACAGCUAGCUCUUAGAGAAUACAGAGACUCUAAUAGUAGGGUAAGCCAUGGAUCCUGUUCUGUAUAAAGCUGUAACAGAAGGUAACUCAGCUUUGCUCUCACAAGUUUUAAAGGCAGAGCUAGCAGAGGAAGAUGAUCUCCACCAACAACAACAAAGUGAUGAUCAGCACAACGACAACAAUGAUCUCCUCCACAUCGCCGAUGACGACUCGAACCGCGAAGUUGUGAGGGACACUCUCCUCCACACCGCCGCCAACUAUAACAACGUCCAAGUUGUGAAGGUAAUCCGCGAAAACCAACCAACAAGUAUACUCAGAAGCAAGAACUACAGAGAAGACACAGCACUCCACAUUGCUGCACGCCAUAAUAAUGCCGAGGUCGUCAAGUAUCUGUUGGAUUGGGCCAAGGAAACAGAUGAAGCAGAGAAUGGGUGUAAACGAUAUGAAAUGGCGAAGUUAAAGAACAGAGAUGGGAACACAGCCUUGCAUGAAGCUGUUCUUCGACGUCACCGUGAGGUGAUUGAGGUGUUGAUGGAGUCGCACAAAUUUCUCAUCUUCAUGAAAAAUAAUCGCAGAGAAUCACCACUUUAUUUGGCUGCUGAACGUGGGUUGCACGUUGUGCUGGAGAAGAUGUUGAAAGUUGCACUGGAAGAAGAAAAUUUCAACAAGAAGAAGAAAGAUUUACGGAUCUUUGAUGGCCCUGACGGCAGGACACCUUUGCACGCGGCCGUAGCAAAGAAGCAUACAUUAUGCAUCAACAUUCUACUGGACAAAAAGAAGGAGAUUAGAAGAAUAGAUGCAAAUGGAAGAAAUCCUCUUCAUUAUGCAGCAUCACUUGGCCAUUCUGAAGAAGCUUGUUGCCUACUACAAAAAGACACUUCUAUUGCUCACCAAAAGGACAACGAAGGCCUUUGUCCCAUACACAUAGCAGUCAAUAAAGGCUAUCUUGGCAUAAUUCAAGCUGUGUUAAAAUAUUGCCCAGAGGUAAUAGAGACAUUGAAUAAUGAUGACCAGAACGUUGUUCACCUUGCUGCUAAGAGUGGAAGAAAGAAUUUAGUAAGUUAUAUGAUUUAUCAAAAAUCUAAUAUGUUUGACAAGCUUCUAAAUGCGAAGGAUAUUAAUGGAAACACGCCACUACAUUUGGCCACUUUGCACUCGCAUCCGAAUGUUGUGAACAUCCUUAUGUGGGACCGGAAUGUGGACAUGGCUAACAUGAACGAUGAAGGCCUGACUGCCCGAGACAUUGCAGAGCAGCAAAUGUAUGGGACAAUCUCAAUGCCAAAGUUUCUUUGCCGAACAGCUUUAAGAAUUUAUGAUGCACCAUCUGGUCGACCUUCUCCAAUUAUUGUGGAAAAUAACUCAAGAACAGAUACUCAAAAUAUACACAAAUACAAAGGGAGGUUCAAUACUCUAGUGCUUGUAGCAACUCUGAUCUGCACGGUCACCUUCGCCGCGGGUUUUACAGUCCCUGGAGGUUUCAAUGUUGAUGGUCCAUAUAAUGGCAUGGCUACCUUGUUAAGGAAGCCUGCAUUCAAUGUUUUCGUCAUCUGCAAUACCAUGGCUUUGUAUCUUUCUAUCGUGAUUGUGGUGAACAACAUCUGUGCACAGUUGGCUGACAUUCAUGUCUUCAUUCUUGUGGCUAAAUUUAGCUCACCAUUGCUGGGUUUAGCUCUCAUUAUGAUGGCUGUGGCAUUUGCAGCAGGUUUGUACUCGGUCAUACUUAAACUCCAGUGGCUAGCCACAGUGGUUUUGGUCAUUGGUUCCAUUUUUCUUUUCUAUAUGGUAUAUUUCCUUGUUCUAAUCAAUGUCCCAUAUAAGUUCAAUUACCUUGUUCCACGGCACAUCUCCUGGAGGUUCUAUCUUUUGAUCUGCAAAAUUGAUAGGAUCUUUGACAACAUGGAUUGGUUAUCUGGUGUUAAAGAGCUCUGAAUCACCUCAUGGGAGGAGAUGUUUCUUCUUUUGUUUAGACACUAUCAUCAAAUGUUAGGGUUUGGGUUUGUUUCCUUUGGAACUUUAUGUUGAGAGGGAAAAAAAAAACUCAUAUGGUUUGUAUUGCGGAUAGUAAUAGUGUAUGUCAUAAAUUGUAUUGGUGUUAUAUCAUCAUAAUCUUAGUAUUAGAUAGAAAUAGUAUCUUUGGGUUGUCUUUGUUUUACUUUUUCCCUCAUUCUACUCUUUUA